AUGUCCGCGUCUCAAAUUCCUGAAAACCUGACACAAGACAAAACUCUCGGCUGGAGACAGCAACUCACUACCUUUACCAAGAGCCUAGACUCCUCACAAGGAGAGUCAGACCCUCCCUCCCAGGGAAAAGCAGGCCGAUCCUCAGCAGAAAAACCUCGCUUGCGCGCAAUCUCACGACCAGCCGAGCUAACGAAACUAGACAUAUUAGAUCCAUCCAUACCUCCAUCUAAUCCGUCUACAGAAGCAACAAUGCCGCCUAUACGCGUGCGCGAAGGGGAUCAGUGGGAUCCAGCAUACUGGAGCAGAAAGCAAGCAGAAUACCGGCACUUCUAUCUCCAUGAUGCAUUGGAAUAUGGCACGACGCAAUCUAAUGUCUCCCUUCCUCCGCCUCCUCGUCCAAAGCCCACAAAGCCCACACCAAAGAAGAUUAUUAUCGACACGUCUGUGCGGCCGACCCCGCCAAAAGGACCACGCCUAGCAUUGCCUUCGCGUGAUAAGAAGAAAGAAAUCCAUCACAGACAGAGGUCUCUGUCAUUCCCUCGGGCCUACCGUCCUCCGAAAGAGGGAGCGAAGCCAGGCACGGUUGAUGAUCAACCACGUGUAGUUCUGCGGAGAGAGCCAGGUGUUUCGGCGCGCCGCGACUCGCCGGUGUUCCCAACGGUGCCCCUCCCUCCAUGGUCGCCGGUGCCUUUCCCCCGCUAUGCUGAGCAGCCAAUGCCCGUGGAACCUGAACCAAAAGUACGAAGACUUCCAAAACCGAAACUUUCUCUUUCAAUACCUGAUUGA